ACUAUUGUAUAGCAUAUUGUUUUCAGAAAUGUAGGUUUCAUUGAUGGAAUCUUUCCAAUCUAGCCGACCUCACUGCAUCCGUAAUACAGUUCCUACGGCACCUUUGUGGUUCGAAAACAUUCGCUCUCGCCGACAAAGGGCGCUUGCGUCACAUCUACAAUGUUUAUGUAGGGUCACGUUUGGGCGGCGAGUUCAAUUUUACGGAUAUACAAAGGAAUCAGACUAAAAAAAGAUCUUACGCGCCCAACGCAAUCCUGCAAAUGUAUAAUAAAAUAUCCUGAUGUCAGAGAGAUGCUUGUGAAAGUGCUGUUCGAACCGUAGUCCAUCAGUGGCUACCAGAAACUAAUCAAGUGCGUUAAUAACGACAAGUGGGCCCUGUGAUAAUGUAGUAGCUGCAAAAUUUGAAAGAUACGUGGUUAUCUGGGCUUGAAUCCGGCUGUACCUACUUCGUUUCUGCGAUACUGGACGUAUACCUUGAAACAUCUAGAAGUGGAUUAACAGUAAAAAAGUAUACAAAUAAACAACGAUAAGGUGUUCAAAUUUAAAAUGGCAGACGCCAGUACCGGAUCACCGCCAGACACAUCUAAACUAACCACGAUCCUGAUUAAGGACCUACCCGAAGAACUGAACAAACGUGACACUCUACUUGAACAUUUUUCACAAUUCGGCGAAGUAACACGUGUCCAGUGCCGCAGCGACUGCACAGCUAUUGUCCACUUCAAACAGCAUGGAGAUGCUCUCGCUGCUAAGAAUAAGGGAAAAAAGAUCUCUCCACAGUUUCGGCCUGUAGGCAUCCAGUGGUGCAGGAUGGGGAGGCAAUCAUCAUCCGAAGGGACAAAUUUAACGGGCGCGUCACUACCAAAAAGCUCUUCUGCUCAUUCUUUUCAAGCAAAUAAUACGAGUAAAAGUAACCCGUUUCAAAUGAAAAAGUCUACAGUGGCGCUCUUGAAUUCACCAUCUGAGCAAGCAAACUUGUUCGCAAGUUCAGCCUCAACAAGCUCAGAUAACGGAUCGGACGCAGGUGGUUCUGAAAAAAGAGCUACCUUUGGCUCCGCCAGAGACCUGUUCGGAAAGAAAUCUCUUGACAGCAACAGCGCACAGGCUGGAGCAACUCUGUUUGGAAAAGCGCUUGAAAAAGCUAAAGAAACAGUAAAGGAUUUGCCGGCGAGCAACGCUGGACCAAGUUCCCUAUCUACGUCAUCGUUUGAAACUCGGGUGGACAAUCCAUUUGCAAAACUGCCCGAUACACCACAGAUUUCAGAGGGUCGUCUGUCAGGUGGAUCGCUUGCAUCAAAGGAGCCGGCAAAGCCUACAGCUCCGUCUGGUUCAAUACCCCCGGCAGGCACAUCACCGGUGUUCAGGUUGGGCGGUCUUUUUGGAAAAUCAGGAUCUGAAAAACAGGCGCUGCAAGAACCUCGGACUAGUACUACCGCUUCGCUAGCAAACACUGAAAAUACAAAAGAUGGCUUCGUCGCCUUGCCUGGAUCCGCUGCACCUCUUACGGCCGGAGUGUUUAGAAAAGCUACGCUCCCCAUGAAUAUCCCGACCACGUCAGCUCCUGCAUCUAUGGGCCUAUUUGGAAAGCCAACUUCACCUUCAACUGCUAGCGGUUCAGAAGCUGUCUCUUGUGUAGGCCCUGUGGCAAAACCAAGCAUGCUUUUUGGAAAGCCAUUUACGGGAGAUACUAGUCAGAAACCCGGUUCUAGCUUAGAACCCAAAGGCACACUCUCAGACAAACAACCUCCAGAGGGUGGGACCUUUGCACCUGCCUUCAAAGCUCGAGGGGCUUCAUCUGAAGCUGUUCUGCCAUCAUUUUCAGUUAUGAGGUGGUCAGCUGAUGGAGCCAGUAAAGAUUUAACAUCGAGAACGCCAUUCGGAGCGAAACAAGAUGCGCCACGGCCAAGAACGAAUCUCGUGUGGACUAAAGACAAGGCUGAUACUUCAUCUAGAGGUUCUCUCAGUGUUCCCACUAAAAAAACGAUGAAUCCUGCAGACUUACAAGAGGCACCGGCACCAUUAGCCGCUCCGAAGCAGCUCAGUGUUGUAACCCGAUCAAACACUCGGAGCGCUAGUCCUUCGAAAUUUGCUGAGCUCUUUACGCACGCCGCCCACUCAGUCGGCGAUCGCUAUAAGCUUUUGGAAAUGAGGGAUAAGAUUAUACGGGAGCUAAUAAGCUCCGAAGUGCAGAAAGGCCCCAUUAAAGGCACCUGUACUGACAUGUGUCCUGAAAAGGAACGUUAUCAGCGAAGCCAGCGAAAUCUCGUGGAAAAGUUUGAGAUGCUUCCUGGGGCAGACGGUGUUAUGGACCACACCAGGAUGAUUAAGGAAUAUCAACGAUCGUCUGCUGAUCAAGAAUUUCCGUUACCGCAUGAAUUGAGACCACCCCAUAUUUUAAAAAUGACAAUGAACUUUUUGAUACGUGAAAUUAUUUCUAAUCAGCCAAACAAGGGUUGUGGAGACUGGUUCUCAUUUGUAUGGAAUCGUACUCGAGCCAUUCGAAAGGAUAUUACUCAGCAGAAAAUUGAAGCGGACCCCAUUUCAGCAUUGAUUCUCGAACGAUGUGCUAGGUUUCACAUACAUUGCAGUCAUUCAUUGUGUGAGGAGGACAGCCACGACUUCGAUUCUAAGCUGAAUAAGGAAAACCUUACUAAAUGUCUGAAAUCGUUGAAGUAUUCAUAUGCCGACCUAAAGGUUCAGAACGUCAGAUGCCCGAAUGAGGCCGAGUUCGUGGCAUACGAGAUUCUCUUGAACCUUAAAGAGGGAUUUAUAGCAAAAAUGAUUACUGACCUCGAGCCAGAACUUAGACGAAAUGCACUAGUUAGGCUGUCGAUUGCAGCUAUGAAUGCCUUUGAGUCGGGAAAUUACCGUCGAUUUUUCAAAAUUGUUCGGCAAGCGCCCUACCUAGCGGCAUGCAUUCUGCAUUGCUACUUCAUAGAGGUUCGCAGACAUGCCCUCUUCGUUUUGUCGAAAUCCCUUAGCAGCAAAGGCGGUGACAUCACUCUGUCUACGCUGACUAGUGAACUUCUUUUCAACAGCAAAGAGGAAUGCAGUAGCUUUCUAGCUAUUCUCAACAUCGAGCCCGACGAAAACGGUUUCAUCAAUUGUAAGACCAUGGUGGACCAUGACGAUCUACGAUUCAGUAUGAGUAGAUCACUCGACAUUAUGCGAAGAAUGGAUACAUCUCUUGCGCAGAUUGUUUACGGAGCUGGAACUAUUCCAUUGGACAAUUAUACACCAGAAGACAGCUUUACGGCGGACGGUAUGCUGAAAAAGUCAGCUCUUGGCUUACUUGAAGACUAUAAACUAAGAGAACCGCAGCAGGCGCCUUUGUUUGCCUCCGUCCAAGUCCCAGAACGGCCUAAACGUAUAGAAUUGAGGGAUGAAAACCUUCUUCCUGCACUCUUGUCAGUAAUCGAGUAUGUGCAACAGGAACAAGUAAACGCUAUCUGUCGUGAAGUCGCCCUUGAACAGUCUAUCAGCUUAAUAAACCUAGGGCGUAUUGUCGAAACAAUAAUUUACGAAGAAGUUCGUAGUGCCGCUAAUGAGAUCUUUGAGCAAGAGAAGACCGCUGACAUUAUGCGGCAACGAGCGCUGCAAAGCAAAAUUGCACACGAUGUAUCGAGUGAGUUGGUGCUAGCAUACUCGCGACAAUUUUUGCGAGAAAUAUGCCAAAAAGCUUUGGUAGAAGUCAACUUAGAAGUUGUAGGUGAAUUGGCAAGCGAAAAUCAGCAAAGGAUCCUGAGUGGAUUAUUAGCUGACCUUGUAUUGGAGGUUGCCAGUCUCGAGUACGAGGCCCAAAUUGACGAGAAUAAUACGCAAUUAGCUGACAAUUUCCGAACGAUGAUUUUAUGUAAAAGAUCUAUCAAAAAAUGGAGAAAAUGGGUGUGGUUACACAAGGAGAUUCGAGAUUUUCCAGCUGCUCCCAAUCUCGGACCGAUUAAACCAUAUCCGCACACAGGCAAAUCGUAUGCAGAGAUUCGAGCCGAACAGGUCCGAUUGACUGCCAUGCGGCUUUUAGCUGGAAUCAAGGAAAAGGCGGAUACAUUACCAUUAAAUUUGCCAAAUCUAUUUAAAAAACGCGUUCGUAUUCUUGUAGUCGGCGACGUUCCGAAAGUAAUCUCGGACAAAGUGAAAAGACUAUUAUGCGUUGACAGCACUGUGUCUUACCAGUCAGGUAUACCAGAUUCUGUUCAAGGAUUCAACGUUAUCGUUGUGCUCUCCAGUGGUUCACCGGCUAACGUGAGUGCGAUAGCGGGAGCGGCUCAACGUCUAAAACCAAAGCCGGCUGUUGGAAUUUUAUGGUGUGCUCACCCUGUACUUCUCUCCUUGGACGUUGAUGAGGAGCUCCUUCAAAGAAACCACGAACCAGUUUGUAUACCAUUAUGCAAUUUGCUCAAGAAGCUGUCAAGACGUGUAUCAGAAGAGGUAAGAUUGCAGCGGGCGAGUUUGCCCGAUUUUAUCGACCGCGGCAUGGAGUUCUGUCUCCACAAGUUAUCAACUCCCUGCAACUAUCUACCUGCAGCUGUUCGUCUCUAUAACGAAAUCGUGGUGCAUUUAGCAGCUGUAGCCACAUCAUCGGCGCUUCUCCAAAUCAACUCGUUAGAUGACGAAAAUGGUUGGAAUGGCAAGGCGCAGCUGUGUACCCUUUACAACCGAAUAAAGAACCUCGAAUUGCCCUUGCCUAAGUCCAAUGACCGUGCUGCUUUCGUUGAAACAGUGCAGCGCGUAAAAGGAAUUAGCUUACUCACUACCGCCAUUAAUAUGGCUGACUUUAAGGACGAUUUCGUCUUACUCAGAGAUAUUCUUGCUCGUUUCAACUAUACUCUUGAUCCUUUUUUGAAGGUACGCUACUUGGAAGAUGACUUGCGAAACUUUGAGAUUCCCGAUUUUUGGUAUCGGCGUCCGGUAACUCAAAACUCAAGAUCGACAACGCCAUUGGAGCAAUCGGCGCUGACGGAGUCCGAGUCUGGUCAGGAGGAAGAAGUAGAAAACUACCGCGAUAGGCUUGAUGAGACUAUUCGAAGUGCGCGUGAAGUACUUCGUCGAUCAGAGCUCAGCAAUGGCAGAAGGGUUUUAAAAGUUUGUGAUCUACGUAACUUGAAAAGGCCGUUAGAAACUCAGGACCCUCAGCCAGAGGUGAUCCGAAAGAAACGUAGUGAUGGCAGCAGCAAGGACCCCUCAACUAAAAUGUCGUCUGCAAACAGCUUGAAGCAACCGCCUACCGGAAGAUUGAGUAAACAAACAAAGAUUGAGUUAGAUCUAUUUGAGGUGAAAAGAGCAAUUGAAAUGCUUAAAAGUAAAGCUCGUAUUAAAAGAUUGCUCAGAGAUGCCUAAAUCAUUCUGAUCGUUAGUGUACAGGCCAUUACUUCAUCAAGAUGAAAUCUCUAGUGAAUUUUUUUAAACCAACCUUUGUGGGGUUGUAGAGAUUAUUCGUAAAUCCGUGCGGAAAGAUAAUGUUGUUUGUUAUUAAAUACUUACUGUUGCU